UGUAUUAUGAAGCAGUUGUUCUUUCGGUAAUAAGUGAUUGGUUUAAUUUGACGGAGGAAAGGAUUUUGAAUAUAGAAGGUUAUGAUUUAUUAUAUGGUUGGCAUGCAUAUUUAUUGUAUGAUAAGAAAGUAGAUAAAGCUUUUAAGAAUCAUGUGUUGAGAAUUUCUCUUCUGCGUGUCUGGAAAAAAUAUUAUUAUAAGUUAAAUUAUAAAAUUCCUAUAUGGGCAAGUCCUCGGCAUGCAGUAGAGAAUAUAAAUAUAGAACAGGAACAAGAAAUGAUUACUUAUAAAGAUCUUUUAUAUAAUGAGAGGGGAAAUCUACAACUAAAAUCUUUGGAUACAUUAAAAGAAGAAGGGAGGAAUUAUACUUGGUUUCAAUAUGGACAGUUAAAGGCUAGAUGGAAAGAAGAUCAGAAAAUUGGUAUUAUUCAAAAUGAAGAAAAUUUGGUUAAACAAAUUAGAAAUCAAACCCAAGGGCAUAUAAAGAGAUUGUAUACUGUGUUGAUAGAAAUAGAUUCUGAAAGAGAUUUAAUAAAGGAUUGUAUGAUAAAAUGGGCACAGAAUAUUCAAGAACCAAUAAUGUUGGAAACAUGUGUUCAUCUCCAUUUCAAAGCUGAAGAGCCAGUGCUGUCCAAAGACGUCUCCGUGGUCAUGUGGCCGGCAUGACUAAACACCAAAACCACAUGGAACGCUGUUACCUUCCCACCAAAGGUAUGAGAGCAUUAAGCUCUGAGGUACAUUGACGGUAUGCCAUUAUUCUGUCAUAUGCUGGCCGUAGCUUUUGUUCAGAUCCUCCUAGUUUCAGGCAACUGGAUUUUAGCCAAGAACAUCAACUUCUAUAACGUGAGACUUCCAGUGGACCCUACUCCAUUUCCAAGCAGCUUCAAGUGCUUUACAUGUGACAAUGUUAUUGACAAUUUCAACUGUAACAGAUGGGCUGAAGAUAAGUGGUGUCCUCAGAACACUCAGUACUGUUUAACGGUCCAUCACUUCACUAGUCAUGGAAGGAGCCUCUCUGUCACCAAGAAAUGUGCUGCCAGGGAAGAAUGCCAUUUUGUUGGCUGCCAUCACCACAGAGAAACUAGUCAUACAGAAUGCAUUUCCUGCUGUGAAGGGAUGAUCUGCAAUGUAGAUGUACCCACAAAUCACACAAAUGCUGUUUUUGCGGUACUGCAUGCCCGGAGGACAUCAGGAGGUAGCAGACAAACUAUUAGCAUUUCCUUGCUGGUCAUACUCAUCAUAGUUUUCAGGUUAUGACAUGACUGUCUUCAGGCAGAAGGAAUUUGUUGUCUGGAGUUACAUGAAGACAAUCUAUGUUGAAGAAGGAAUUCUAAGGGGACUAUUGUAUGGAUAAAAGCACUGCUGGGUAUUUCAAGGCUGCUGGUCAUGGUAAUGAAGACACUCUCAGAUAUUGGUGCCAAGAAAAUCAAGCACAAUGGCCAAAUAUUAUGUCAACUUGACUAGUUACCAGAAACAUCAGAAUUCUUUGUGUGGAACAUAGAACAAUUUGUGCUUUGGCACAUUGUUGUAGCAGGUUAUGACUGUACAACUUUGAAGUAUUAAAAUCGUUUCUCACCUGAAAUAAUAUGUUUUUGGAAGUGAUGAUACAAUAUUAUUUUAUAUCAAAAUUCUUCCUAGUUUUGAGGGGUCCCUAUCUACCUGCAGUCCUGACCGAUAUCUGAUGCUGUUCCAACUUUUUGCUGUCCCUACUGUGGGGUCCUUUAUUCUGAAUACUACGGUAGCCACUGUAGUAGCAUCAUCGGAUUGAGGGGGAAAGAGAUGGAAAUGGUAAGGUUUAAUAGUCCAUUUUGGGAAUGGAGACAUCAGCACGUGUCUGACUAUGCAAAUUUGGCUUGAUGCAAUGAAUAAAUAGUUAUUAUUAGGAGUUCUUCAAACAGGUUGUACAGUUAGCUCCACAUCUCAAAUAUCUAUAUAACAAGACUGUGCCUUUUCUCCAUAUUGCCCUUGCUGGCCAUGAUUUCCAAACACUAUCACUAUGGUAGGAUUACCUCUUUCUGGUGAGUUGCACAUGCUGGAGGACUGGGGAAUUAUCCAAACCAUCUGGAGAAGUAGAGAGUUCAGAACAACUGGUUGGUUUGCUCCACACUGAAAAAUAUGAACAGAAAAGAGUUAUCAUAAUUAAACACAGAAUAAUUGGCUUUCAACUCUGCUUGAAGUGCACAACAUUCAAAAACUAGUUUCCUAAGUGAUCCAAGACAAGUUAAUGUGAAUCACCCUUGAGAUGUCUGUGAGGAAAACAAUAUGUGUGAAAAAGAUUUCAAAGAUCAUGGAGUUUAACACUCUAUUCUGUUAAGACUUGAAACUGUACAAAAAACAAUUGAGAUUUAUACUGCAGUGUGUUGAAUCAAUUUUAAAUAACAAACUGAAGUUCAUGAAAUUUCAUGAAUUCAUGGAAACAGAAUAUGGACAAAUAAAUAAGAAUUGCUACAAAUAAUAACAGAUAAAGAAGGCUGGAAUAACUGUUUACUGUAAGCCUUUUAGAUGAUAAGCCGUGUGCCCAUGGGUUUAUAACUUGUUUUUUUCUGUCUUCAGGAAAUCAAGUUUAUAAAUGUGUUCUAUGCAUAAUAAG